AGAGAGAAUAAAGUGCUUCACAGUAUCGAGUUCAAGUAUGGCGGUAAACCUGUGCGAGCCUGGACAAUACGGCAUAGGAAUAAAUCCGAUCAAAAAGGUUUAUUUCCAAAAAUAUUGGAAAAUUUGAACAAUAUACGGAAUGAACUAAAGGUCCAGCUAGAACCUCUUGGAAAGAAAAAGGAAUAUAUGGGAUUAGUUAAAAGUAGAAUGGAUGCCGGCGGAUCUAUCUUAAUAGCAAGUGCAAUCGAAGAUGUUUGUUCGCAAAGCGAACCUAAGAAGUAUGCCAAAAUAGCUGACAUCCUGAAUCCUUUCAUUAGUUCGUCAUAUGAUGAUUUUAGGAAAGAAUAUGAUUCCAUCUGCUUCGAUUAUAAUUCUCUAAAUUCGAAGCAAAAAGCCAUUAAAUUGUAUAUGAAUUCGUUCUAUGGUGUAACUGGCCAAAGUGACUCACCGUUCUAUAUACUUGAACUCGCUAGGGGCGUUACUUCAGCUGGGCGAGAAAAUAUCAAACUCGUUGCAGAGUUCGUAAAAAAGAAAGGUUUUGGAAUAAAAUAUG